AUGGCUGCUACUUUCAGUUUGGACGAAAAGCGAUUUGUUCUCGCGGAGAUGAUCAAAUGCAGCACGGUUGAUGUUGAAAUGUUGAUACGAUUUGUUGAGUCAAACGUGUCCGACCCCAACUGGAUGACGAUGCAAAUCCCGUCAGGCCGCAAUCUGGAACAGUGCAUGCAAGUCGCGAACCGGUCGCCGACAGCCCCAAACCACAGAUCUGCAAUGUCUCAAAACGAUCAUCUGGCCAACAGUGGUAUGAAUCAUCCAAGACAGAUUGCGCCGAGAACCAGUCCUAGUGGCCAAACCCCUGGGGCCAUGCCAAUGUCGCCCGUCAAUAUGUCUCCGUGGCCGCCAGCCGAUGCUGAGGAUAGACGAGCACCGCCCUACGAAGCUCCAAAUGCCCCUGCUCCUCGAAAGAGAGGACGUCCUUCGCGGGUGGACAGAAGCACAGCUGUGCCUCCUCGUCUUGCCAAUAUCGCCCCCAGACCUCCUCAGUCUGCUCCGGGCUCCAACACGCCUCGGCCUAUUCUCCCGGCUCUUCAGCGCCUACCUGAUACUCCUGCUCGAAGUUCUCAGCCGCCACCUCCAGCGCACGUCCCACUACUGCUCGACUCUCCCCCGAGUAAGAAGAGGAGAAAGACAAGCGCAGGUGCAGUUUCAGUCUCCACCCCGCCUCCUCUUCCUGCUAUAACCACACCUCCUGCCUCGGUGGAUCAUGAGAAACGACCACGAGAGUCAAGCGAGGCAAAUUCCACAAACGUGCGUGAGAAUAUACGUGAGAUGGGACAAGUACUAUCCCCUCGCCCAAUGCCUCUGGAACCGGAGCCGCGACAUCAUGCCUCCCUCAUGCCUGUAGUAGCACCUACGGCACCAUCUCAAAUCAAAGCCUGA